CUGCCUGUGUGUGUGGUUAAGUCCCUGAAACACAAGUUCACCUGAAGCCCGUGGACCUGUGGAACUUGGGACAGAGCCAGAGAGGCUGGAGUUGGGCCAGGGCUGGGACAGGCCUGGGGAGGUGAGGCUGGAAGAGCAGCAGUCAAGUUUAAAAGUUCACAGAGAUGGGGACUGGGUGAGAAACAGCCAGCUUUCUGAAGCUGGGGGAAGGCUGCCCCAGAACAGGAAGGAUGGGCGGGCAAGGGGGAGCCGGAAGAGGCGCUGGCCUCACAGAGCAGAGGCAGAGGAGCCGCAGAAGAUGGGGGACACAAAGGCUGGGUGAGGCCCCUCAGAAACCGGCAUGGUCAUCACCAACAACAGGAAAAGCGUGCGAAAAAAGGCUGGGCAGCCCGGCGCCGGGGACGGCUGCCGCGGGGACGGUGUGCUCUUGGACAUCGCCAGCCUCAAGAUGACCGACCUGGACUCCGAGGUGCUGCCCCUGCCGCCGCGGUAUCGCUUCCGAGACCUGCUGCUGGGCGACCAGUCCUUCCAGAGCGACGACAGGGUCCAGGUGGAGUUCUAUGUCAACGAGAACACCUUCAAAGAGCGUCUCAAGCUGUUCUUCAUCAAAAACCAAAGAUCCAGCCUGCGGAUCCGGCUGUUCAACUUCUCGCUGAAGUUGCUCACCUGCCUGCUCUACAUCGUCCGUGUCCUGCUCGACGAUCCCAACCAGGGCAUCGGAUGCUGGGGCUGUCCCAAGCAAAUCUACACCUUCAAUGGCUCGUCCUCCGAGUUCUAUUGGGCUCCCAUCCUGUGGGUGGAGAGGAAAAUGGCUCUGUGGGCCGUCCAGGUCAUCGUGGCCAUGAUUAGCUUCCUGGAGACCAUGCUGCUCAUGUACCUCAGCUACAAGGGCAACAUCUGGGAGCAGAUCUUCCAAGUCUCUUUCGUCCUGGAGAUGAUCAACACCCUGCCCUUCAUCAUCACGAUCUUCUGGCCACCUCUGCGGAACCUGUUCAUCCCUGUGUUUCUGAACUGCUGGCUGGCCAAGCACGCCCUGGAGAACAUGAUUAACGACUUCCACCGGGCCAUCCUGCGGACCCAGUCAGCCAUGUUCAACCAGGUCCUGAUCCUCUUCUGCACCCUGCUGUGCCUUGUCUUCACUGGUACCUGUGGCAUCCAGCACCUGGAGCGCUCAGGUGGGAACUUGUCCCUGCUGACCUCUUUCUACUUCUGCAUUGUCACCUUUUCCACCGUGGGCUACGGUGACGUGACACCCAAGAUCUGGCCGUCCCAGCUGCUGGUGGUCAUCAUGAUCUGUGUGGCCCUCGUGGUGCUCCCGCUGCAGUUUGAGGAGCUCGUGUACCUCUGGAUGGAGCGGCAGAAGUCAGGCGGCAACUAUAGCCGCCACCGGGCACAGACGGAGAAGCACGUGGUCCUGUGCGUCAGCUCCCUCAAGAUCGACCUCCUCAUGGACUUCCUGAAUGAGUUCUAUGCCCACCCCCGGCUCCAGGACUAUUACGUGGUCAUCCUGUGCCCCACGGAGAUGGAUGUGCAAGUACGCAGGGUCCUGCAGAUCCCCUUGUGGUCCCAGAGGGUCAUCUACCUCCAGGGCUCCGCACUCAAGGACCAAGACCUCAUGCGGGCCAAGAUGGACAACGGGGAGGCCUGCUUCAUCCUCAGCAGCCGGAAUGAGGUGGACCGCACUGCGGCGGACCACCAGACCAUCCUGCGUGCCUGGGCUGUGAAGGACUUUGCCCCCAACUGCCCCCUCUAUGUGCAGAUCCUUAAGCCUGAGAACAAGUUCCACGUCAAGUUUGCUGACCACGUGGUGUGUGAGGAGGAGUGCAAGUACGCCCUGCUGGCCCUGAACUGCAUCUGCCCAGCCACCUCCACCCUCAUCACCCUGCUGGUGCACACCUCCCGAGGCCAGGAGGGCCAGGAGUCGCCGGAGCAGUGGCAGCGCAUGUACGGCCGCUGCUCGGGGAACGAGGUCUACCACAUCCGCAUGGGCGACAGCAAGUUCUUCCGCGAGUACGAGGGCAAGAGCUUCACCUACGCCGCCUUCCACGCCCACAAGAAGUACGGCGUGUGCCUCAUCGGGCUGAAGCGCGAGGACCACAAGAGCAUCCUGCUGAACCCGGGGCCCCGGCACACCCUGGCCGCCUCGGACACCUGCUUCUACAUCAACAUCACCAAGGAGGAGAACUCGGCCUUCAUUUUCAAGCAGGAGGAGAAGCAGAGGAGGCAGGGCUGCUCCGGCCAGGGCCUCUACGAGGGGCCCUCGAGGCUACCGGUGCACAGUAUCAUCGCCUCCGUGGGGACAGUGGCCAUGGACCUCCAGAACGCAGAAUGCCGGCCACCGCAGAGCAGGGGGGACAGCAAGCUGGCGCUGCCCACGGAGAACGGCUCGGGCAGCCGGCGGCCCAGCAUCGCGCCGGUCCUGGAGCUGGCCGACAGCUCGGCGCUGCUGCCCUGCGACCUGCUAAGCGACCAGUCGGAGGACGAGACCGCGCAGUCAGACGACGAGGGGCUGUCGGUGGUGGAGUAUGUGAAGGGCUAUCCCCCCAACUCGCCCUACAUCGGCAGCUCCCCGACCCUGUGCCACCUCCUGCCCGUGAAGGCGCCCUUCUGCUGCCUCCGGCUGGACAAGGGCUGCAAGCACAACAGCUAUGAAGAUGCCAAGGCCUACGGGUUCAAGAACAAACUCAUCAUCGUCUCCGCCGAGACAGCCGGCAAUGGGCUUUACAACUUCAUUGUGCCGCUGCGGGCCUACUACAGGUCCCGCAAGGAGCUCAACCCCAUUGUACUGCUCCUGGAUAACAAGCCGGACCACCACUUCCUGGAGGCCAUCUGCUGUUUCCCUAUGGUCUACUACAUGGAGGGCUCUGUGGACAACCUGGACAGCCUGCUGCAGUGUGGUAUCAUCUACGCGGACAACCUGGUGGUGGUGGACAAGGAGAGCACCAUGAGCGCCGAGGAGGACUACAUGGCCGAUGCCAAGACCAUCGUCAACGUGCAGACCAUGUUCCGGCUCUUCCCCAGCCUCAGCAUCACUACCGAGCUCACCCACCCCUCCAACAUGCGCUUCAUGCAGUUCCGGGCCAAGGACAGCUACUCGCUGGCGCUCUCCAAGCUGGAGAAGAGGGAGCGCGAGAACGGCUCCAACCUGGCCUUCAUGUUCCGCCUGCCCUUCGCCGCAGGCCGCGUCUUCAGCAUCAGCAUGUUGGACACGCUGCUCUACCAGUCCUUCGUGAAGGACUACAUGAUCACCAUCACCAGGCUGCUGCUGGGCCUGGACACCACGCCGGGAUCUGGCUACCUCUGUGCCAUGAAGAUCUCUGAGGACGACCUCUGGAUCCACACCUACGGCCGCCUCUUCCAGAAGCUGUGUUCCUCCAGUGCCGAGAUCCCCAUCGGCAUCUACAGGACCGAGUGCCACGUCUUCACCACCUCGGAGCCCCACGACUUCAGGGCCCAGUCCCAGAUCUCCGUGAACAUGGAGGACUGUGAAGACACCCGGGAAGUGAAGCGGCCCUGGGCAGCACAGGCAGGCGGUGGCGGCAGUGCCCAUGGCCGCCACUUGGGCGGCAGUGACCAGACAGACCCCCCGCUACUGCGGCACAAGAGCCUGCAGUGGGCGAGGAAGCUGAGCCGCAGGGGCCCCAAGCAGGCAGGCAAGGCGGCAGCGGCGGCCGAGUGGAUGGGCCAGCAGCGGCUCAGCCUGUACCAGCGUUCCGAGCGUCAGGAGCUCUCCGAGCUGGUCAAGAACCGCAUGAAGCACCUGGGGCUGCCCACCACCGGCUAUGACGAGAUGAAUGACCAGCAGAACACUCUGUCCUACGUCCUCAUCAACCCACCGCCCGACACGAGGCUGGAGCCCAACGACAUCGUGUAUCUCAUCCGUUCCGAUCCCCUAGCCCACGUGGCCGGCAGCUCACAGGCUCGGAAGAGCAGCUACAGCCACAAGUUGGCAUCUUGCAACCCUGAGACGCGCGACGAGACGCAACUCUGAGUGACCAGCCUGCAUGGAGACCUGCCACUGCACGGGGGACCAGAUGCUGUGCUAUGCCCGGGUCCGGAGGAUGGCGGGAUCAUGCACAGAUGCUGGGCGAAGGCCUGGCCCAGAGCAACCCCAUGCCCACGGCUGCUCCAAAUCCUAACAAGAAAGGAGUGCCACGGGGUGGGGGACCAACUGCCUGGGGCACCACUGCGAGCUGCCAGAAGCAUUUUUAAACUUGUUUUUACAACUCUGUACAACCUAUGUAUCUUUGCACACAUGUACCGCAACUCGUGACCCAUCCUGGCUGAUCAGAAAGACCCUGGGGCGAAGCCAGGAGAGUCAGGCCUGGACACUGCCCCGUCCACUCAGCUUCGUGUGGCUGUGGGUGCAUCGGGAGGCGCCCAACCUGGCACCAAGGAGGUCAGAGGCCAGGGCCCCCACACAUACCCAGAGUGCCCAUCCUGACCGGAGGAGCAGAGUCGCAUUGUUUUCACCACCCGCGUCCACGAUUCUUCCCUGGGGCUGUGAUGGGGAGCCUGGGAAGCAGAGCCCCCCGGAGAGUUGCUGACUGGUGCCGGGCGCCCACAGUGCACCAGGCUGCUGUGGUCACUGUUCUCUACCCUCCCGGCCCCGGGUGCAUUGUUGUGAGCGUGGCCCCUCAGGGCUCACCUCCCCGGGAUCCAGGGGAGCCCCUGGCUUAGACUGUCCUGAACCCCUUCCAAAAGGAGGUAGAAAGCAAAGGAGGGUUUUCGAAGCCUGGCCAGGGGCCCUCACUGACCCCAGAGACAAAGGAGGAGACCAUGAGGGGCCCUGGAGAAGGGCUGUGUGGGGGAGGGGCAGGCUGCAGGGAGGUGGGGGCUUAGGGGAGCCACCUCGCCUGUGGACUGACAGCCCUGACUCCCCAAAAGAAGCCAGAGACGAUGUUCCCCUCCAUCCCUCCAUUUCUACAUGAACUUUUCCGGCUGUGGCGUUCUGCGGGGCCUUGGUAGGAGGACCGUGCAAACCCGUCGUCUAGACGCCCCCUCGAAGCACAAUUCUGGCGCCUGCGGCCAUCUGCCACCGGGGCACCCUCUCCCCAGAGGAGGAUUGGAUUCUGGGGGGCUGGGGGUGAUCAGGCCUGCCCGCGGCCUCUGUUACUGGUUUUAUACAGUCAGUGCUGGAAACUUCUAUUAAAUGGAUGCAUU